UACAGAUCCCACCCCCGUCCAGCUCCAGUGCUUGGGAAAUGCAUGGAUUUAGCAGCAUGGGGAGAGAGUGGAGUCAGAUCAGCCCAGCUCUGCUCUCAGCCCAGACCUCACUGGGGACUGGCAUGGACCCCUCUGCGGUCCAGCCUUAUCUUUCGUAACAGCAGCUAAGAUCUGCCUUGGCAUUAAAACAACCCUGCUUCCCAUUUACAUUCCAGCAUCUGUAAGGAGAGCAAGUCGUCCUCACAUCUCUCUCUGUCUCGCUGAGGAUAUCCGCUCCUAUCGCACAGCACUCCGGUCCCCAAUUAUCUGUAAUUUCACCUGCCAUGCAACUUUGGCCAGGUCUGGAGAAGAGCAACUCUUGCUCGCAGCUUCAGUCCCUUCGCUGUCACCCUAAAAGCCUCCAGUGUCACCAGAAGCACUUAGAAGGCAAUGGGAGUAAUUCAAUGCUUGAAUUUUCAUGAGAAAGGAGAAUAGCUCGGACCGACAGCUGCACCAGGAUUAUUUCCAACAGAACAGACUAUUUCCACUUCCUCAUCUACCUGCCUGCCACAGCGCUAAUCUACAGUAAGGCUUUCACCUUUGGACUUGGACACCGCUGUCCACAGGUAACUGACUCCUAUCUUCACUUCCAUCUGCGGUCCUUGAAGGCUGCUGUUGCACGAUGAAAUAACGUACAGCUGAGGGGCAGUGGCGAUUGUUAUUUAGAGGUUGCAAAUUUGUGGGCACCCACACAAAAAAAAUCAGAUUGAAUGAUGCUGUUACUAGAAUUAUAUUACGGGGCUGUUGUAUUGUGUCUAACACAGUCUUUUCUGCUCAGCUGCAUGGAAUCUGUCUGCAUGUCUGAUGACAGCAUCUCAACGCGACAUCUCCUGAGUUAAGUGAAUCUAUUAUUAGGUUUUGGGACAGGAAAAAAAUCCAUAAUUGCAGGGAGAUGGAGCUGGGGCAAUGUACUUCUGUGCCCUGCCCCCCUAAGAACGCCACGGAUCAUGCCAAUGCCACGUUGGGAGUGCUUGCUGGCACCAGUGACGUCCUGGUUACCUCCUUGCUGGGGUGCAUCCUGGCUGUGAUGUGCCUGGUGGGCAUAGUUGGCAACAUCUACACAUUGGUGGUGAUGAACCUCUCCAUGAGAUUCACUGGCUCGAUGUAUAUUUAUAUCGUCAACCUGGCACUGGCGGAUCUCUUGUACCUAUCGACCAUCCCCUUUGUGGUCUGCACGUACUUUGUGAAGGACUGGUAUUUUGGAGAUGUUGGGUGCAGGAUCCUGUUCAGCUUGGACCUUCUCACCAUGCACGCCAGCAUCUUCAUCCUCACCAUCAUGAGCACGGAAAGAUACCUAGCCGUAGUCAAGCCAUUAGACACCAUUGGGAGAACCAGAGACUACCGCAGGACGAUCACCUGCCUGGUGUGGCUGGUGUCCUUUCUUCUUGCCCUCCCAACUAUGAUCCUCAUAGACCUCAGGACGAGUGACCAGGACGGGGUGACCAAGCGCAUAUGCCACCCCACGUGGCAGAUGGAGACCUACAAAGUGUACCUCACCAUCCUUUUUAACACCUGCAUCCUAGCCCCUGGGCUCAUUAUCUGCUACUUGUACAUUAAGCUGGCCAAGACCUACUGGCGAUCUCAGACAUCUGUCUUCACCACCAGGGAAACGAACCGGUGCCCCAAGCAGAAAGUCCUGUACAUGAUAUUCAGCAUCGUCCUCACCUAUUGGGCUUGUUUCAUACCUUUCUGGCUCUGGCAGCUGCUCAGCAUCUACUACUACCAGCCAGGGAACCUCACCAGCAACACCGUGGUCUAUGUCAAUUUCGUCGUGACCUGCCUGGCCUACAGCAACAGCUGCAUUAACCCUUUCCUUUACACGCUGCUCUCCAAGAACUAUAAAGAGUAUCUAAGGAGUCGCCAGAAGAACUGCAUCAGCCUCUCCAAGAUAAAGCCCAAGAGACGUCCCUUGAGACGGUCCAUGUCCUCUGGAAGCCAUGUGUACACAGAAUCCAUAGCCAUUGCUCACAUUCCAGGGGUCAUUUGUGAGGACGUCUGCUCCUUGUGAAAGGGUCUGUGAGGAAGAGCUGUGUCCUCAUCCAGUCUCCCUAGAAGGAGGUCAGUCUCCGGGAUCUCUUUGGGAAACAGGCUGAGGAGAGCAACGGUGCCAAACCUCCUGCUGUUUCUUGCACCCCGUGCACCGGUCCCUGUUCUGCUGGUUCCUGCCCCAACGGUGACGUGAAGUUGUGGUUUGGAUUGUUGCUGUCUAACCCGGUGUUCGAGCUUGUGCUGUUGUGAGGUGCCCUCAGGCUGCUACUAGGGCACGAUCACGAAAUGAAAUGAACACAGUUAAUAUUGUCCUGAUGCAGGCAGCAAACUGACUGUGCCACAGGCAACCCCCGCUGGCUGACUGACUCAGCCCCAGAUGGCAACACCCCUGUAAGGAGAAGCUGGGUGGAUAAAGGUGUAUCACCAGCUGUGCCCGACAGCUCGGGCAGACAGCUCCGAUAGAGAGCACGCGGAAGAGAGGGCAAAGCUUUGGGGCCUCACAGCAGGAGAGCCCUGCAGGUUGUAACCACUGUAAUGGGGCAUGUGGGGAGAAUAUGCAGGUGGACGAAGAGCUGUGCACAGUACGGAUGCUGUUGGGGGAUUCCAGGGAACGCCUCCCCCAAUGUCCACAUCAUGACAGCUGUGGAGACAGUGAACAAGGAAAAGUUAUUUUCUUGUUCCCAUUAAGGCUAAGAGGCAGGUAAUCCACUAAUCAUGUAGUAGAUAACACUUUUAUCGACUACAUGAUUCGUCGAUAAAGGAAGGUUUCCUCAGUCCCGGCUACUCGAUUAGUCGGUAAGGGGGGGAACUG